AGCGCGCAGAUACACCACGACGUAGUAACCUACAUAUGGAAAUAACAACUCCGCUUUGUCAGCGUGCAUGCUGCUUCGCUCUCUGUGUACAGACAUUAAUGAGGCCGAAUGAGACCACACACACUCGGAUGGAUUUCGAAAUUAUUUUACAAGAGAAAAAGUGUGUGUGUGUGUGUGUGUGUGUGUGUGUGUGUGUGUGUGUGUGUGUGUUUUUGACCUAUAGGAAUGAAGAGGGGAUGGAGCAGCGUGCUGUCCCGUGUCGGCUGGCCCAAAGUGACCCGAAAAGUCUUGCUGCAGUCUGAAAGAGGAUGAAAAGGAAAAAUUAGUUCUCAUGCUGGAGACACACUACAGCAGGAUGGAUCUCAAUCAGGAGCGUCAAGCACUGGGAUACUAAAGCGAGGGAUGAGAAAUGAUGAAGCAUGUCAAUGAAAGAAGGAGCAUGUGAGCGUGUCUCACUUGGUUUGAGGUGCUCCUCUCCACCAUUGUUUUGUGCCAAGCUGACAGCUGAGAGGGAAAGGAAGAAAAAGAUAAGUUAACCCCUUUAAUAUACACUGAAACAAAUGUUUUGUAUCACCCCCAAAUUGUCCACUUGCUGCUGUGUAUUGGGCUCACCUAACAACGUUUCCUCCUUGUUUAGGGAGCAGCUGCUAACACACACCUGCUUGUCGAAGGUAUACAGGAGCUGUUGGAGAGAACACACACAGUGCACUCUGACAGCGCGAGUGUCAGCUGACCGACAACACUUGAAUGCCUCACCUUUCACCCUGCACACCGCCGCCUCCUUCCUUCGGAUGUCAGCCUCCACAUCUCUGCGCAGAGUGAGUCACGACACCACAAUAUUCGAUCUUUGGCGAUUUUUCACUUCCUGGUUGGCUCGUGUCAUCACGUUGCCGGGCAGAACCGAGUGGAGCCGAGCCAUUUCGGAAUUUUGGAGCGCGACCACCCGCGCCCUUCCCCCGCCUUGUUCUCAACCCCCGGAUCGUCGGUUCUGUCCGCCUCCUUCUCCUCCUCCUACGCUACGUGAUCAACCAGGAGUUCCCGGCAGCGGCACGUCUCAACAACACACUGACAGCUGCGAUUGACUCACAACCGAAGAGGGGGGCAAAGAUGGAGCACAGAGACGCCGACUUCAACAUCCUGCUCGCGACCGAUUCCUACAAGGUAACGCAUUACAAACAGUACCCCCCAAACACGAGUAAAGUCUACUCCUACUUCGAGUGUCGUGAGAAUAGGACAGAUCCCACCAAAAGCAGAAAAGUCAAAUACGACAAAACCGUCUUCUACGGCCUGCAGUACAUCCUCCACAAAUACCUCAAAGGAAAGGUAGUCACUCCGGAGAAGAUCCAGGAGGCCAAGGAGGUGUACCGGGAACACUUCCAGGAUGAUGUUUUUAACGAGAAAGGGUGGACCUACAUUUUGGAGAAAUACAACGGCCACCUGCCUAUAGAAAUCAAGGCGGUACCGGAGGGGAGCGUCAUCCCCCGCGGCAACGUGUUGUUCACCGUGGAGAGCACGGAUCCCGAAUGCUACUGGCUCACCAACUGGGUGGAGACCAUCCUGGUGCAGAUCUGGUACCCCAUCACUGUAGCGACCAACUCCAGGGAACAGAAAAAGAUCCUGGCCAGGUAUCUCCUGGACACGUCGGGGAACUUGCAGGGGCUCGAGUACAAACUGCACGACUUCGGCUACCGGGGCGUUUCCUCGCAAGAGACCGCGGGCAUCGGCGCCUCUGCUCACUUGGUCAACUUUAAGGGCACGGAUACAGUCGCUGGCAUCUGUGUGAUCAAGAAGUACUAUGGCACCAAGGACCCAGUCCCAGGGUUCUCUGUACCUGCUGCGGAACACAGCACCAUCACAGCGUGGGGCAAGGACCACGAGAAGGACGCCUUCGAGCACAUCAUCAAGCAGUUCCCCGGAGUGCCCGUCUCCAUCGUCAGCGACAGCUACGACAUCUACAAUGCCUGCGAGAAGAUCUGGGGCGAGGACCUCCGCGGGCUCAUCGAGUCACGCAGCGCCGACGCGCCGCUCGUCGUGCGGCCAGACUCGGGGAACCCCCUCGAUACAGUAUUAAAGGUUUUGGAGAUCCUGGGCAAGAAGUUCCCACCAGAUGAGAACUCCAAAGGAUUCAUGGUGCUGCCUCCUUAUAUCCGAGUCAUCCAAGGAGACGGAGUGGACAUUAACACUCUACAGGAGAUUGUGGAGGGGAUGAAAGAGCAUCGGUGGUCCAUUGAGAACGUUUCCUUCGGCUCUGGGGGGGCUCUGCUCCAGAAACUAACCAGAGAUCUGCUCAACUGUUCCUUCAAAUGCAGCUACGUGGUCACAAACGGACUUGGGGUGAACGUGUUCAAGGAUCCCGUAGCAGACCCCAACAAGAGGUCAAAGAAAGGACGCCUGUCUCUGCACCGGACUCAAAGCGGGGAGUUUGUCACCCUGGAAGAGGGCAAAGGUGACCUGGAGGAGUACGGAGUGGACCUGUUGCACACGGUCUUCCAGAACGGCAAGAUUGUGCAGACGUACACGUUUGACCAAGUCAGAGACAAUGCCAAGCUCAAGGAGAGCGAGCUUGACUAGCUGCCGCCACUAGUCCGCCAUUCAUUAAUACCGCCCCCCAAUUCCUUCUCGAACCCCUCUUCCUCAGCCUCUGACAUCACACACCCUAAAAUAAACCGAGGCCUUGUGCAAUGAUGAUAUAUCCUGCCCGGAACUCCCCUAAAACUGUGACUUCCAUUCAAAAAAAAAAAAAAAAAAAAAAAAAAAAAGAGAGAAAUAAAAAUCACAAGAACUCCACGGAGCUCGCUCACUUCUGAGGAUGACAAAUGAUAUAUAAAAAAAAAAAUGAAGAAAUGUGUACGAAGUGCGGCAAGCCAAUGGAAGGAUGGAUGUUCUCCGAGCUGCUGCCACGCCCUCUGAACGAACCGGACGACGUGAUUGGCUGCUCUGUUUCACCACACGCCCUCUGUAAUCUACCUGGCUUCGUCUUUUAUGUGAAGGCAUUUAAAUAUAUUGAAAUAGCAGUGCGGUUUUACUUUCAGCCAAAAUGUAAAAGAAAAGGCCCAAAUCUUUCAAGUGGUGCCUGAAUGUUUUGCGCUAAAGUCAUUGGUGCAUUUCUGCAAGGUUUCGAAAUCUCCCUCAAAGAGCAUUCCCGUCAUCAAGAGGCCAUCAAAAUCUUCCAUCUUGUCAAGUUGAUACAUCACAUAAAAUGUCUUGACUGGAAUGAAGAGGAUUGAAGGACAUGAAUCACUUCCUGACCGUGUGUGUUAAGUGUCGCUUCUGCUGUGUGAGUCUUAACAUCUAUAUGUGGUAUUCCUUUAUGCAAAUAAUUAUUCUGGGAUUUUUAUUUGUUUUCACGAGUAAGGUAUAUAUUGUGGAGGAGGGGGAAGCUGGGAGAGUCCAGUUGAAUGUUUCCAUCAGUAUCGCUGCCUUUAAUGUGGUGUGUCUCCUCGGAUCAACCGAUUUAAGAAUAUGGGCGCUACGAGCUGGUCACAUCACAGGUAUCUCACUUCCCAGCAAGAAUAUCCAAUCAACACCGAGCUCCUCUUAAGCUGUUUGAGUAUUUAUUUCAUAUGCUUGAUGUCCAUGUACUACGACACUCUUUGUCCUCACUGCGACUGCAACUCUUUGUCCUCACUAUUCGAAUGACUGUUUUACUCGUAACACUUUUUCCACUCCUCUAUAAAAUUUCUGCACACAAGUAGGACAACUGUAUGGUACUACUAACGUAAAACGGUGCACGAGUUGACAUCUGUGAGCUGCUGGGACUACUAGGGAAGUGCUAACUUGUAGACUUAUGUCACUGGUACUCCGAGUACUUAUCAACGAGUGUACGUGUUGCUUUAUGGGUAACGUAGUUGUCCCACUAGUCAGGACAAAAAGUGAACUUGUCCCUGGACCUUAAGAUAUCGCAUAAAUGCUGAAGCAGCUUUAUGGAACGCCGUAGUACACUGGUAGAAUGACUCUCUUACUGCUUCCUUUUACAUUGUAUAACAUUUCUGCAAUGUUAGUAUACUAGCAGGAUGACUACAUAUUCGUCGUGAGGCAAAACUACGAAUGGACAUGCCUACGAGUUGGUUCUAGUAGUUACUAGUGCAGCACAGUAUUUUACUAGUAAGGUUUAAUUGCAUACUAGUCUGGAAAAUGUGGAUCAGUAGUGGAAAAACGUUUCUAACAGUUCUAUUAGUGCACUGAAUUGUCUCAGUCGUCAAGGACAAUGAGUGUAAUUGAAGAUUGAAGAUUGAUUGAAAUAGCUGUCGACUCGACAGCUAUUUCUGGAGAUUUUUUUUAGAUCAAUUGUACAAAAAAAUGCACAGUAUUACAUUUAAACUGGAGUAAUCCAAACCACCAAAUAGUAGAAUAACUAAUCUAAAAAUACAAUUUUUGCAUGGCUUUUUAAGAAUAUGUUUUAAAUUGUUUUUUUCUAAAUGUCACUAUUUUCCUUUUGCGCAAAUUUCUGCUAAAUUCUCUUUGUGUCCGUAAUCCAGAGCUCCCUCUGCUGCACAAAUCCAUGUUGUUUCAAAAAUGGUGGUCCAUCAUGUGCAUUAGCAUGGCUGUAGACCUGUGAUGUCACCCACUUCGAUCCCCUCACACCAUCACACUCGAUUAACAGCGAGCUGAUAAAACUGCACAGCCACCUGUCACGCGCUGAAGUAGGUCACACUUCUUUUAUAUAAUUUGCCUUCCCAUUUGUUUGGUUUUACAACUGCUGUUAAAACUCACCUCCCAGUUUGCUGUUCCUUCUUUUUUUUUUUUUUACAACUAGAUGGUGCUUUUUUUUUUUUAGGACUUAAUGUUGAUUUCACUGUUCUUACCUCAGAUUAAUAUUGUAUAUUGCAGUAAAUAUCCUUAUUUACAAACGGCCUGGCCAUGUACUGCCUUUCUCUACUGUACAUACAACUAGUUUGGUUGAAAUCAGACCGUGGGGGGGGGGGGGGGGGAAGCGGGUCCGAGAGACCACCACACAAGAUGAUGAUAUUUUUGUUAGGAAGACCUUUUUUGUACCAACACAAAUAUCCAACCUGCUCGACUGUUUGGACGUGUGUGCGUGUGUGUUAUGAAUGAUCAAGUGUUUGUGAAUUAUGUCUUUCCUUGUGUUGUUGACUUCCUCGCGUGUAUAUGUUGGUUGUCCCGAUUUAAACUCACCCACAUAGCUACCUUUGUCGACGACACAACAAUUAAACACGCCACCUGUCUGUUUGA